AUGUAUUCAUCGGAUACUCGUUCGGUGCCAAGUUCGCACGACCAUCAAUGAGCAAGCAGAGUCAUGUUGCCUCUGCCAUCUUCGUUGCCCCCGCCAUCGAAAGCCAAGUGCCCUCCAGGAUCUCUUCUGCACAACCACGGUGCUUCCAGUUGCUGACCGAAUUGCAUAGCGUCAGGCGCAGCAAGUGUCGAGUUGCUCCCACUCGAACGAACGGCCGAAGAGAUCAUCAAUUCAGCAAUUUGUGAAUAAAACAUAUUCAAUUCUCGAGGUGUUAUUCGCGUUUUGGAUUUCAGUAGUGGCUGGUGUCGGCAGCAGAAGCAGCAAAUCCGCGCGAGUGUUUACGGGUGAAAGUGUAGGACGCGCGUUGAUGAUGACGUGCGUGUGAAACAGUAUUCUUCCGGUUCCGAAUCAUUUCUGGCAAAGUCAGGUUGAAACAACAAAUCACAAAUCCUACCGCAAACUAAAACCCGAAAAUGUGUUCCCCGUAGGAUUUGCCAUCGCCAUACACUCAUCAGCGUGCGAGCGGAAAAUCUUCCACCCACUUGGAAAAUUUACGCGUGCUUUCACAAUAAGCCGGGCGCACAGACACAUCGCCAAACGGUUGAAUUUUCGGAAACAUGUUGCGGGCGUGUUUCGACACGCGAGUCGAUGUGUUAAAGUGAAAAAGCAUCCCUAGCAUCAGUGCCGAAGAGCUGCAGAAAAAAGUGAACACCCCUUGCCCGCCAACCUGACGCUAAUUGAAUUUAUGAAAAUUAAUUAUAUGUAAAUGAUGACGCGGGUGACAUAAAUUGAGAAAUUUUUGUCGUGCAAAGCAAUAACUCUGUUAAACGGUGCAACGAUUGGAUUGGCGCAGAUGUGCUGACAGGACCCAAUCCAGUGAUAUCCUACCCGCCCAUUGAUAUGUCAUUUCCGGGCAGGGAAAAACCCAACUCGCAAAGGACAAAUAAAAACGUGCUUGCCAGAUAAACAGCCAGACAGGCAGGUGAACGCUCGGAACGAACCAUUUACACCAGGCAGCCGGAAGAUUGGAAGAUACCAAUCGGAAACCGACUAGUAGAUUUGUCGCUCCCGGUUGUCGAAAUCUGCUGCGGGAGUUGACGGGGGGCAAAAAGUAACGUGUUGUGGUGACCGAUUCCUAAAUAUUUGGACCACAGUGACAGCAAAGCAUAACCGCAUCACCGAAAACGAACGUUCGUCGUUCCUAAAUCCUCACAGUCAACAGGACGACAAACCAAAAAAUGGAUUACAACAGUCGACUGAUGGCCACUGCCGUGUUUCUCGUUUUUGCGGCUAUCUGCGUAAAAGAUGCCGUUGGACUUCAGCGAUUUGCGGAGCAGCCCAAAUACACCGAAGUGAACCCCGGCCAGGACGCGCUGCUGGUGUGCAAGGUGAUAGACAAGCGCGGUGUCUGUUCCUGGCAGAAGGACAAUAAACCGGUCGGGAUCUACCCGAAAAAGUACGAGUGGGCCAGCCAGUACGGAAUCGGGCAGACGGCUCACGUAGGCGGAGAUUGUUCCCUUUGGGUCCGGGCCGCCCAGCUCGAGUUUGACGAUGGACUCUGGGAAUGCCAGGUGACGGCCAGCGAUUUCACCACACAGGACGCACUCACUAGCCAGCCGGUGCGAUUGGUAGUCAGAGUGCCGCCGCAACGACCCAGACUGGAGCACGAAGGUGUUCACGUUCCUCCGGGGCACAACGUUACCGUAGAUUCCGGUGCAAUGGCCACCGUCAAGUGUGUCUCUCACUACGGAAACCCGCCGGCACAGUUGAAGUGGUUUCUAGGAGACCAAGAAAUUUCUCCGCUACAUCCACAAACCAACUCAACGGAGCCCGAUAAUCCAAGAACAUGGUCUGCUGCUUCAGUGGUUCAAAUUCCGGCAAACAAGGACCGACACGGGUCCAUCUUGAAAUGUCUGGCUCUGCACGAGUCCUACGCGGCACGUUCAGUUGCCGUCGAAGCACGAUUAGAUGUUAAGUAUGCCCCCACGAUAAGACUGCUCGGUGCUCCCCAGAUCGAUCUGGAGGAAGGCAAAGACUCCUUGAUCCUACGAUGUGUUGCGGAUGCCAAUCCCACUGCCAGCAUCGUGUGGCGACGGGCUGGCCGCUCGGAAAUUGCCAGCCUCCAGGAAUCUCUUCAGCUGCGGCCGGUGGGAAGACGCGAUGCAGGCCUGUACACGUGCCAGGCGCAAAAUUCUGUCGGAACGUCGGAAACGCUUUCCGUUCAAUUAGAUGUAAAAUAUGCCCCGAAGAUACUGUCGGCUGGUCCGGAUCGAUUAACUACGGCACCACUGUUCAGUCCAGCGGCAUUCGAAUGCGUAGCGGAAGGAAAUCCAACGCCCACCUACAAAUGGGUUCAAAGAAUCUCAACACAGGGUAAACCAUUCCUCGACCGAGGACGAGAAUCAAGACUGGUAAUAGAUAACGUAACGUACGACUAUCAGGGCGAGUACGAAUGUCGGGCAACCAAUUUCAUCAAUGGUCAAGAAAGGACGGCCACUUCCGAUCCGAUAGCUCUGCAAGUGGUCGGUGCCCCGCAAGUCCUCAGGACCUCAACGACGGCGUCCGGCCACUCGGUUUCAGUGCGAAAGGGCGACUCAGCAACACUCUCCCUGAUUGUGUGUGCUGAUCCCAGACCGCGCCACGUGUCCUGGGAGUGGGGCUCCUUGCGGCUAGAAGCCGGAUCCGGAAUAGGUCGCUACAGAGUCGACGAAGUAACGCAGGACAGCCGAGAAGAUUGCUACUUGGCGACGCUGCAUAUCGACGAGGCUGACUUGCAGGACCAGAGGCCGUACUACCUGGUGGUCGAAAAUGAACGAGGCACCGAUCGACAUGCCGUCAAUCUGCGCGUGGAAGGAAUGUUUUCCGUGGAACCACUGGAGCUCAGCUACCUGCUCGGGAUAGCCGGGGGCUGUCUAGCGGCUUUCCUAAUCCUGAUCUGCCUGUGCAUUUACGCCAUCCGGACGAGGAAGUGUUGUUUCCGAAAUCGAAAUAACUACAAAACUUCAGAAAAGGAUAGUGAGAAAGCAGAUCUCAAGUCUCGCUCCGAUAGCACCAGUGUGCCGCCAUUGGAUUCGAUCUACACGACUCCGACGGGUGGCUUCCACAAUCAGCACCAUCCCCAUCACCAUCUGCCGCACAGCCAGCACAACGGAACUCCCGGAUCGCCGGAAGCUAUGAAGACGAUGCCCGUUCUGCGGACAUUUGGCAAUCAUGUAGCCUAGCGGGAACGAAACGUGCCAGUCACGAGCGCGCGUAAUAGCAGUGAUAGUAAUCACCACGAUAUCUACUACUAUCACCAUCAGCAACACGAUCGUCACUACCAACACAAUAUCGAAAGUGAACCACACAAACACAAACACAACCACUAUGCCACCUAUCACUAUUCUUCCACCAAAUCGGGAAAUUCCAACCAAUCCAAGUCAAAAUCGAAAGCCAAGCACGAGAACCGGAAUGAGUACGAAACGGCUCAGUACUACUGCAACAACAAUAAUGCCAAAGUAGCAAACUACAAGAGCAGAAAAUUAAGCUGCGAACUUUCGCCAGCCGAGAUGCAAAACGUGCAAAAUUAUGAGAUAAAAAAGCAUAACAAAAGUAAAUCACAGUCACAAAUGCUGCUACUGCAAACUCCACCACCCCCACCUUUGCCACUGGCAACAGACUCCAAUCCACCCUCGCCAACAGAAUCCACCUCACCCGAUCCCAAUCCCCUUCCUCCACCAAUGUUGACCGCAACCAACGCAAAUAAAUCACAACCACCACCACAUUCACAACAGCAACAUGCUAAAAAACACAAUAGUCAGAAACAGCAGCACCAACUUCAACCACCAUUAAAUAGCAACAACAGUAAAAAUAGUUAGCUCUCGAACAAGCAAAAA